AUGUCGAACGCACAGAACGGCGCAGGUGCUGCAUCGCAUUCCGAGGCUGAUCUUGCCCAAGCGUUCAAGGAACUGCAGCGAGGCGAACAGACCGCAGCCGCCCUGGAGAGUCACCUCGAUUCUAUUGAAAAAAAGAUUGAGGCACUCCUGGCGCAAGCCGAGAAGGCCGAGCAAGAGUUGAAAGAUACUCCGGAAGAUCCUGACAAGUCUUCCGGAACCGAAGAAAAGGGUUCCAAAUAA